AUGAAAACCAGCCCCCGUCGGCCACUGAUUCUGAAAAGACGGAGGCUGCCCCUUCCUGUUCAGAAUGCCCCAGGUGAAACAUCAGGAGAGGAACCUAAGAGGCCCCCUGCCCAGCAAGAGCCUGGUCAAGCACAGGCCUCCAAGGAGGCGGCAGACUCCAACUCUUGCAAGUUUCCAGCUGGGAUCAAGAUUAUUAACCACCCCACCAUGCCCAACACCCAAGUGGUGGCCAUCCCUAACAAUGCCAAUAUCCAGAGCAUCAUCACAGCAUUGACCGCCAAAGGAAAAGAGAGUGGCAGCAGUGGGCCCAACAAAUUCAUCCUCAUCAGCUUUGGGGGAGCCCCCACGCACCCUUCAGGACACCAGCCUCAAGCCCAAACCAGCAAUGAUCCCAGGAGGACAGAAGUGGUCACUGAGACCCUGGGACCAAAGCCUGCAACUAGGGAUGUGAAUCUACCUAGACCAUUUGGAGCCCUACCUGGGCAGAGAUGGGAGAGCUGUGCUGGCGGUGAGGCAGCAGGCUGCACUCUCGACAACAGCUUGACCAACAUCCAGUGGCUCAGAAAGGUGAGUUCUGAUGGACUGGGCUCCAGCAGCAUCAAGCAAGAGACGGAGGAAAAGGAGAAUCGUCACCUGGAGCAGAGUCAGGUAAAGGUUGAGGAGCCCCCGGGAGCAUCAACUUCCUGGCAGGACUCUGUGUCUGAGCGGCCACCGUAUUCUUACAUGGCCAUGAUACAGUUCGCCAUCAAUAGCACCGAGAGGAAACGCAUGACCUUGAAAGACAUCUAUACUUGGAUUGAGGACCACUUCCCCUAUUUUAAGCACAUUGCCAAGCCAGGCUGGAAGAAUUCCAUCCGCCACAACCUUUCUCUCCAUGACAUGUUUGUUCGGGAGACAUCUGCCAAUGGCAAAGUCUCCUUUUGGACUAUCCACCCCAGUGCCAAUCGCUAUUUGACAUUGGACCAGGUAUUUAAGCCACUGGACCCAGGGUCUCCACAAUCGCCUGAGCACUUGGAAUCACAGCAGAAACGACCCAAUCCUGAGCUCCGCCGGAACGUGACCAUCAAAACUGAACUCCCACUGGGCGCACGGCGGAAGAUGAAACCACUGCUGCCACGGGUCAGCUCAUACCUGGUACCUAUCCAGUUCCCGGUGAACCAGUCGCUGGUGUUGCAGCCCUCAGUAAAGGUGCCAUUGCCCCUGGCAGCUUCACUCAUGAGCUCAGAGCUUGCCCGCCAUAGCAAGCGGGUCCGUAUUGCCCCCAAGGUGCUGCUAGCUGAUGAUGGGGUGGCCCCUCUGCCCACCGCAGGGCCUGUGCAAGAGGACAAAUUCCUGCUUGGAGAAAGGCUGUCUCCUCUGCUUCCAGUUCAGUCCAUCAAGGAGGAAGAAAUCCAGCCCGGGGAGGAAAUGCCACUCUUGGGGAGACCCAUCAAAGUAGAGAGCCCGCCCUUGGAGGAGUGGCCUUCACCAUGCCCAUCUGUCAAAGAGGAACUGUCGCACUCCUGGGAGGGUUCGUCCCACUCUCCCACCCCAAGGCCCAAGAAGUCCUACAGCGGGCUCAAGUCCCCAGCCCGAUGUGUCUCGGAAAUGCUCGUGAUCAAACGCAGGGAGGGACGGGAGAUGAGUCGGUCUCGCAGAAAACAGCACCUCCUGCCUCCCUGUCUGGAUGAGCCUGAGCUACUCUUCUCCGAGGGCCCCGGGGCUUCCCAGCGAGCCACAGAGCUCACUUUGCCCGCAGUGUCCUCCGAGCCCACCUCCCGGCUUGGCUCCUGCCAGGAAGAGGGAGGACCCUUUAAGACACCCAUUAAGGAGACACCGCCCAUCUCCUCCACCCCGAGCAAGUCUGCCCUCCCCGUGACCCCUGAAUCCUGGAGGCUCACACCCCCAGCCAAAGUAGGGGGCCUGGAUUUCAGUCCGGUACAAGCCCCCCAGGCUGCCUUUGGCCCCCUGCCUGAUUCCCUGGGGCUAACGGAUUUUAGCACCACCCCGCUGAAAAGUAUCCCACUCUUUGACUCACCCCGAGAGCUCCUCAAUUCAGAGCCCUUUGACCUCACCUCUGACCCCUUCAGCAGCCCUUCCCCCUCAGAUAUGGAAGUCCCCAAGCCGGGCUCCCCCAGGUCACAGGUUGCCAGCCUUUCAGCCAACCGUUCUCUGACGGAAGGCCUGGUUCUGGACACAAUGAAUGACAGCCUCAGCAAGGUCCUCCUGGACAUCAGCUUCCCUGGCCUGGAGGAGGACCCUCUGGGCCCUGACAGCAUCAACUGGGCUCAGUUCAUUCCCGAGCUGCGGUAG